CCGCUCCGCGAGGAUAUGAUCUCCUUCUUCUCUUCGGCGCAGUGUGAGUGGAUAUAUUCAAACGCGUAUGCGAACACAAAUGUGUGACUCCGUGAAAGUUUAUACAUGCUUUUGCUUCUCCUUAAACUUAAAACAGCCCACAUUUAGAGCUGAUCGAUGCGAGGAGCCAGUGAAGUGGUCUGCUCAGCAGUAGUGUGGUCAGAGCGGGCUGUGAGCGGCAGAGCGGUGCGCGCCUCGCUCGCUUUUUACGCGCAAAGGGAACAGAGCGAUCAAGCAAUACCGGGAAACCAAGGCGAGGAAUGGAAAUUACAAACGGUAUUGGAUUUAAUGCUUAAAUGACAACUACAAUGCCUUGAUCAUCGACUGCGUUUCUUGGACGGAGAAACCAUUUGAAAACGGCUGAUACAAGAGAUGGCCCUGAAUUUCAUUGGAAAGCUGCCUCCCUGCAACCACAUCUCCACAGCUAACAGGAGGUUGUGACGAUGACUACGUGUUCAGAGCCCCAGGCGCUGCAGAGGUGUGAAGAUGGAGUCUUGACCUCAGGUGGUUCUUCCACCUCAUAAUCCUCACCCUAUUCACUGUCGUCUGUUUCUGUUGGUGUGGGAGUGAGAGACGUGGAGGCUGUGAUUAGCGGGCUGAGCCCGUGAGUGAACCUAUGGCAGAGAGACAGCACAGUGCAGGUCCCUAUGUAUGACUCUAUCAUGGACCACAUCAUCUGCUGCCUGCUGGUCAUGGGAGCCACAGUGAUGAUCACCCAUGCAUGCCCCAAGUACUGUGUAUGCCAGAAUCUAUCUGAAUCUCUGGGGACAUUGUGCCCCUCCAAAGGCCUUCUUUUCGUGCCUCCAGACAUUGACCGCAGUACGGUGGAGCUCCGCCUGGGAGGCAACUACAUUCUCCGCAUUACACAGCAGGACUUUGCCAACAUGACCGACCUGGUGGACCUAACCCUCUCCAGGAACACCAUCAGCUACAUACAGCCCUUCUCUUUUGGUGACUUGGAAACACUGCGAUCGCUUCAUUUAGACAACAACCGCUUGAUUGAGUUAGGCCCUGAUGACAUGCGAGGCUUGGUCAACCUUCAGCACCUCAUCGUUAACAACAACCAACUGGGACGCAUCCAUGACAAGGCCUUUGAGGACCUGGCACCAGCCUUGGAGGAUCUGGAUCUCUCCUACAACAACCUGAUGUCUCUGCCCUGGGACUCAGUCCGCCAGAUGAUUAACUUGCACCAGCUUAGUCUGGACCACAACCUAUUGAACUUUAUUCCAGAGGGCACCUUUACUGACCUGGAAAGGUUGGCGAGAUUGGACCUGACAUCAAAUCGCUUGCAGAAGCUACCCCCAGACCCCAUCUUUGCUCGGGCCCAGGACACAAUGAUACUGACUACACCCUAUGCCCCACAGCUGUCCCUAAGUCUAGGUGGAAACCCACUGCACUGCAACUGUGAGAUGCUGUGGCUGCGGAGGCUAGAGAGAGACGACGACUUGGAGACUUGUGCCUCCCCUCCUACCCUUAAGGGUCGUUACUUUUGGAAUGUGAAGGAGGAGGAGUUUUUGUGUCAGCCACCUCUUAUUACCCAGCACACACAUAGAAUGCUGGUCUUGGAGGGCCAGACGGCCAGCCUAAGGUGCGAAGCAACUGGAGACCCUUCUCCUACCAUCCACUGGAUCUCCCCUGAUGAUCGGCUUCUUGGCAACUCCUCCCGAACCGCAGUAUUCAGCAACGGAACCCUAAGCAUCACCAUUACCACCUCCAAGGACUAUGGCACCUUCACCUGCAUUGCUGCUAAUGUGGCCGGGGAGUCCACUGCCACCAUGGAGGUGUCCAUCGUGCAACUCCCCCACCUCAGCAAUGGCACUGGGCAACCAGCACCUCCAAAGUCACGCCUCUCUGAUAUCACAGGGACCACCAGGAUCAGUAAAGGGGCUCCAAAGAGCCAACCAGAGAGGACGGUGACUGUCUCCGAAGUCACAGCUGUUUCAGCACUCGUCAAGUGGACAGUGAGCAAAUCAGCCCCCAAGGUGAAGAUGUACCAGCUUCAGUACAACUGCACAGAUGAUGAGGUUCUGAUCUACAGGAUGAUCCCGGCCUCCAGCAAAGCUUUCUUGGUGACAAAUCUGGUAUCGGGGGCUCGCUAUGACCUGUGUGUGCUGGCUGCAUGGGAUGACACUGCCACCACACUCACGGCCACUAAUGUCGUCGGCUGCACCCAUUUCUUCACCCAGGACGACUAUCCACAGUGCCAAUCUCUGCCCAGUCAGCUGCUGGGAGGCACCAUGAUCCUGGUGGUGGGGGGCAUCAUCGUAGCCACCCUGCUCGUGUUCAUCGUCAUCCUCAUGGUACGCUACAAAGCUGCAGAUACUGAACCCCCAGUGGGCAAAAUGACCAGUGUCAGUGACACACACUCUCAGACCAAUGGAGGUCGACUCGGGCAAAAUGGACUUCUCAUACCCCAGUCUCAGCCUCAGCCCGAGCCGAAGGUCAAGGCCAAAGUGACUCUGCAGGACGAGGUGGUGGAGUUCAAGUGCGGCUCCCUCCAAAGCAGCCUCACCUCUUCUUCCUCAUCCUCAGGCUCCAUGGCAGGGGGGUCGUACAGCCCCAAUAGCACACUUGCCAACAUUUGGAGGUCGGCUCAAUCUAAGCCCCGGACCAACCUGGACCACCUGCUCGGGGCCUUCACUUCGCUUGAGCUGCGGGGGGUACAGGGCCACGACCUGGGAGCCUCCAGUAGCCCUGCAAUGUCAGCGGGGAAACCCCACACAGACAGGGAGCCGCUGCUGGGCCGGACGCUGGACUCCAGCCUCAGCCGGCUCCUCAUGAUGCCUCUGGACUCCAGGCCAAAAAGGAGCCAGUCCUUCGACAUGGGAGACGUUACGGGCGCCGGGGCCUCUCAGCUGUGCAACAAACCACGCAGGAUUAGCAGUAUAUGGACUAAGAGGAGCCUGUCUGUAAAUGGCAUGCUGCUGCAGUGUGAGGAGGAGGGGGACACGGGAGGGAGCAAGGGGACAAUAGACAGCGCUGACUGGGUGAUGGAGAGUACUGUCUAGGACAGAUGGAGGACCAUCACACUGUCAAACACUGCCCAAAAGGAUGGCCAACAGCCAAGACAGACCUGCUGGUCUAAGAGCCUUUGUCCUGCAUGAAGCACACUCAUAUUUAUCCCUUCCACCACACUGCUCAGACUCAAGUGGGACAGGAUGAGGGGUUUUCACAGUCAUAGCCAAAUAAAAACUUCAGGAAUAAGACCACUGGAUUGUUUUGCCUCACACUUUGUACAGAGAUGGAUUACAAUUUCUGGUUGACCACUGAUAGCUGAAAGGAAAUGACAGAGCAGUGCUGUCUGUUAAAGAAAUAUGUGAUCAUGCCCGUGGACUGCUAUAACACUGUAUACAUUUAAAAUAUUAAUGAAAUUAAAGUUUUAUAUUUUUUAUUUUGCUGGUCAAACACAAAUGAUUCAUUACUGGUCUCCGCCUUGACACAAGAACAAGCCGUGACCAGUGGUUAUUCUAUAAAAUCUUCUACUGUAAAUUUAUCCUCAUUUCCUCAGUUACCUACUGAUGCAGUUUAACCUUCUGACGGAAUGGUGAAGUAUAUAUACGUAGAUGUGAUGCUUUGAUUCAUGAAGAUUUAACAAGAUUUAUUGACAAAUCUGUUUGUGAAUAUAUAUUUACUUUCUAUACAGAGUAUAUGUUUGAGGGGUCACAUAAUAAAUGUGACUGCAUAGAUUAUAAACCCAUCAUCUCUUAAACUAUGGCUGUACUGUAUGUGAAGACUCAGUUAAUUCUUUAAAAAAUGCCAAAUUAUUGAAGGGGAAGGUUGUGCAAUGGGUUGGAUGUUCCAAGACAAUUAGGCUUGUUUAGUUUGUGUACAUUUGUUAGGUCCAAUAGCAAAUAAAUGUUUUUUUAUGGGUUUCAUUGUUAUUAAUUUAAAAGUUAUUUUUUAAAAGAUGCCCACCCUGUUUUCUUACAUGACACAAUAACACCACCAAACCACACAUUUAUCCUAGUUCACUGAAAUUAUAUGCAUUCAGAGUAUUGUUGGGUGACAAAAUUAAGAACUAUUUCUCUUAAGGCUAAUUCUGGUUUAUGACAACUUGAGUCUUAUUUUUUGUAGUUUAACACAACAAUUCCAUCAGCAGUUAUAAUACUGUACUCACCAAAGUCAUUGUUGAGAAUUGGAAACAAGGCCUCAUAAUUAUAUUGAAGCUCAACAAGGCAAGAUACAUGAGUACCAUUAGACCAAUAGUUUAUAUGCUAUCUGUACUGUAGUUGUGUUAUGCUAUGAGGCAGCAAGAAAACAAUAUGAUUAAACAAAAAAAAGGUAAUAUUUAUAUAAAUAUUAUUAUAUAACUAUCAAGGGCUUUUUCCUUGAGUUUGGGUCAGUCCUUCCUGCAGUCUUUAUCACCAGUCACUGUCAUGCCACCAGCAAAAUAAGUCACCUAAAUGUUGCUGAGAAGUGGUAUUGUUUUGAUUUAUUAAAACAACAAAACAGACAGUAUUGGGGCAUCUCUGUAAAUUAUUAGAACCACAGUAUUAAUUAGCAUGACACACCACUCUCACUUGUCAUGUUUCUUUCAGACCAAUGUUCUACAGAACCAGAAUUUCCCUUUACACAGCAUAUUGGUUUGUCUUAUUUUGUCUCCUAUGGUUGUAAGUUAUUUACAUCUUUCAGAAAGUCUAAAGUUUGUCUUGAGAUUGUUCCUUAAGCCAUUUUGUACACAUACACUUCAAAUAGUUGGCAUCACAUGUUGGAAAUUAAAUUCAUCAAUAUUCUCUGACACUGGUCAAUGUUCAUAUAAUUCCUCCACAUCUGGAGAAGGUACGGGUUAAAUACGUAAUAAUGAAUCUAUAUAAUGAAAGUUCAUUGUCCAGAAAGUUUUUAUAAAACAACAUGAAGUUGUUUGCUUUUAUUGUCUGGUGUUGCAUGUUUCUGCUGAACUGACCCAUGAGACAGUUCAGUCCAGUGUAUACACCCUGCUGUCAUUUCUCACCUGUUGUCCGAAUGACUUUUUUGAGAUAUUUCUGAUAUGACUGCGUGUGUACAGUGUCUCUAUAUAUAUUGUUUUUUUUCUGUUUGUUUGUUUUUGUACUAUUCUCCAGUUGGAAUAUGUGUGGCAGUUGAACUUUACAGUAGGAGAAAGAGGAGGAGCAGCAGCUCCACUAUAUUGUUACAGUGCAACUGUACACAUUUCUUACCUGGAGCUGUAAAAGAUGUUUGUGUGGUCAAAUUUGUUGUUUUUGCUACAAAGAUAAAACUAAAAA